AUGACAUACAUUUAUUUAAUUCUUAUAAUUAUUUGCAUUGCAUCAGGUAAUAACUUUACAUGUACUAUAAAUACAAAAGAUUUAAAAGAAUCAAAUUGUGUAUUGUACAAAAAAGAAACAAACCAAUUUAUACUAUCUUCACAAUCUACAAUUAUUCACUUAAAUGAUGGAUAUUAUUCAUUUUCAUUUGAUGGAUUAUUAUCAAAUCAAAAAGUAAAUAUUAAAUUAACUGGUAAAGGAGAUAUAUUAUUUAAUUUGUAUAAUUUAAAUAAUACAAACAUUUAUUUUGAUUCUUAUGAAAAUCAAAUAAUAACUCUAUUAUACUUUAAUGGUUUAAUUCAUUUAUUUUCAGAAAAAACAAUAAAAGGAGUUAUUAUUUAUCAAGAAGAUUUGUCUAAUUUAAAAUUUAGUCCCACAAUUAUAAUUUCUUCUCUGUUAUCUUUUGAAGAGAUUAAUUCAAUGAAAUUUAAAAAAGAACAGUAUAAUAUUGAACCUUCAUUCUCAAUUAAACAACAAAUAGUUAACACAAUUACAAAAAUAAAACUACUAUUUAUUGAAAUGAAACAAAAUAUUCUUUAUUGGAAUGAACAACGUAAAAUCGAAGAAGAUAAAUUAUUUCAUAGUGAGGAAUUAGAAUUUAUAAAACAAAGAGUUAAAUCAAAAAUUAAUUUUUUAGCUUCAUUUAUUAAUUCUAUAACAAUUGAACAAAUCAAAGUGAAAACAUUAUGUCAAAGUUGUAUUUUUUGGUUUCGGUUAAAAGCAUCUGUUACAAAUGCAUUAGGCAUUACAACAGCAACUAAUUUCUGUGAUUAUGAUUAUGUUCCAAAAACUUUAUGCAAAGUUACUGUUCAAACUACACACUCAUUAACGAGUAAAUAUCUUUACGAUGAAAAAAAAGAAGAAGAAAUGUAUUGUUCUUCAUAUUGUCUAAUACAAAAGAAAUAA